AUGAGGCCUGCUGGGGUGGAUGCACAGAAGCUUCAAGAACCUGGAAGUAGUCAGUCCAAACAGCUUAUGCAGGCUCCUAUGAGUGUUGCAGCACAAUGUGGGGAUAACUUUGUGCAUGUGGAGGUUAAGAAGGACUUCUUUGGUAGUGGUCAACUGGUGAAUCCUUCAUUUCUCACUUUAGGAGGCUGUGCAGCUUUUACUAAUCCCAAUAGGUUGCAUAAUGUAAGCAGCAAUAUCUUGUUGCCCGCUUGGGUUCCUUUUGCUACAACUAAAGUUGCAGAGGAAGUUCUGGUGUUCUCCUUGAGGCUCAUGACUGAUGACUGGAUGUUUGAGAGGCCAUCCAAUCAGUACUUCCUAGGGCAGUUCCUGAAGCUUGAAGCUUCUGUGAAACAGUACAACCAUGUUCCUCUGCGCAUCUUUGUGGAUGGUUGUGUGGCUACUGCGGCCCCUGAUGUGAACACCACCUCUCCAAGAUAUUCCUUUAUUGAUAGCCAUGGGUGCCUGGUAGACGCAAAGCUUACAGGCUCCACUUCCAGUUUCAUGCAUCGUAUUCAGAGUGACAAGCUGCAGUUUCAGUUAGAGGCUUUCAGAUUCCAGCAAGAUGAUCGUGGCUUGGUGUACAUCACCUGUGCUCUAAAGGCUGUCAUGGCCUCAAUCCCCACAUGUCCAAAGAACAAGGCUUGCUCCUUCAUAAAUGGAUGGACUUCUGAUUUCGAAGUUGAAGAAGUAAAGAAACUUCCCAAGCCUCGUCAUCCAACUCCCGCCGGAACGCGCCACGUCUCCCCAGCUCACGCCACGCCGAGAACCUCCACAUACAUCCACUCAGUAGUGCAACCGUGA